UUCCUCCUCUUGGGAAAUGAGCAGGGAGUCGAACGCGGUCAUCGACAAAACGUGAGAGCAAGUUCGCCCCGCGCUCGUUCUCCAUCGUCGCGUCGGGCGCAACAGCGCGCGGUGUCUAUUCACUGUUUUGCGCGCACGAUAUCACCGACAAUCCGAUUAUUUUUCGUUUAACUUGUUUCAAAAGCUAGCACGACGGCGCGUGAUUUUGACGAUUAUGUAACGACCGGCCGGCCGGAGUCACUCGUGCUCGGAAGAUACGAGUGUCACAGUGCUCUUUUUACGAUCGUGCUUAUUAAUAAACGAAAACGGAACGAGAAACAGAUCUAUAUAUAUGCUGGGCGUGGAAUUCGCGAUCGGCGCACUAGCGGCGGUAGGUGCCGGAUUCUUCACGAAUCCCGUGGACGUCGUGAAGGUACGAUUGCAAUUGCAAGGUGAACUGGAGGCGCGGGGGGCGUACAAGAAGAUAUACAAAAAUACUUUACACGCUGCGUAUCUCAUAGCCAAGCAUGAGGGCGUGCUCGCCCUACAGGCCGGACUCGUGCCCGCCUUGGCCUUCCAAGUGGUACUCAACGGUAUUCGCUUGGGCGCGUACAAAUCCGCGCAAAGGUACGAGCUGAUCGUCGAUAAACAGGGCAACACCGACGUGCUGAGGACCACAUUGGUGUCCGGCACCGCCGGCUGCGUCGGUGCCGUUCUUGGUAGCCCGUUUUACUUGGUCAAGACGCAGCUGCAAGCACAGUCCGCGAAAUCCAUCGCCGUGGGCUACCAACAUGACCACUCGGGCUCAUGGGACGCGUUCAAGUCGCUGUGGAAGGAGGGCGGCGUCGCAGCUCUCUACCGGGGAUGGAACGCGAACUUGCCGCGCGUGUUCGUUGGCUCGGCGACGCAGCUGACCACCUUCGGACUAGCAUCGGACUGGCUGCGCUCGUUAAAUAUAUUUCCAGACCGGCCGAUACUGUUGACCUUUUUGGCCUCCGCGAUCGGAGGCAGUUGCGUGGCAGUCACUAUGCAGCCGUUCGACGUCCUGGCGACGCGGCUGUAUAAUCAACAGACAGACGCGGCCGGAAAAGGUACCCUGUACAACGGACUCGUGGACGCAUUUGUGAAAAUAUUCCGCACGGAGGGUUUCACCGGCUUGUACAAAGGAACGUUCCCUACAUGGAUGCGAAUAGCGCCGCAUACGGUUUUAUGCUUGGUGUUUUACGAGCAACUAGAUCAAUUGUACCGCAAGCUCAGAAUACAAAUCGACUGAUGCUAGUGGAAUUUGUAUAAAUCCUAUAUUUACUAGCUAGAUAUACACGCACACACAUACACGCGCAGUGAAGAUAAGAGAGUUUUGUAAGACAGGAUUGCUAGCAUUAAGUAUUGCAAAUCCGUUUGAAUAAAAUUGAUGUCAUAUA